AAAAGAAAAUUAACUCAAUGUUUUAUGGUCCAAAGAAUCUCUUUCAAUGAUGCCAAACACAGAAAAGGACAAUCACAUCUGAUUUUAUAUAUAUACAUACACAAAAGGACUCUCUCAAACCAACCUAAGUUUCUAGCAAUGGAAUUAAAGAUUUUCAUAACGUUCUUGUUGUUGUUGCUGUUAUUUUUAUUUUCCAUUUUUCUUCUUUUUCGAGGUAAGAAAUAUCAAGAUCGACUCCCACCCGGUUCUUUGGGACUACCCGUGAUAGGGCAAAGUUUAGACCUUUUGAAGGCACUGAAAGCCGAUAAGGUCGAUAAAUGGUUUCAAGAAGGAAUAACGAAACACGGGCCUAUUUGGAAAGCCAGUUUGUUUGGAUACCCGACAGUUGUUUUACAUGGUCCAACUGCAAAUAAGUUCAUCUACACUUGUGAUGCGAACAUACUCACCAACUCACAACCACCAUCAAUUAGUAGAAUCUUGGGUUCUAAAAAUUUAUUCGAGUUGGCCGGCCAUGAUCAUAAACGAGUCAGGGCAGCCAUUGGGUUGUUUCUAAAGCUAGAAGUGUUGAAACAAUAUGUUGUGAAAGUAGAUGAAGAAAUCCAACAUCAUCUUCAAAUGCAUUGGCAUGGUAACCAUGAGAUUCAGGUGCAACCGUUGAUAAAGACCUUGACCUUCAAUGUAAUUUGCUCACUUCUAUUUGGGAUCGAAAGAGGGCCUAGAAGAGACAAACUCCUACCACAUUUCCAAGACAUGAUCGAAGAUCUUAUACGUGAGAAAAGGGAAGCACUUGAGGAACAAAAACAACAAGCUAAUCCUCAUAAAGAUCUCAUCACUUCGUUGCUUAGUAUUCGUAGUGAUGAUGGCUCAACAACGAUGUCUGAUGAGGAGAUCAUUGACAACAUCAUCCUCGUGAUGAUUGCAGGAUAUGAUACAACCUCAAUCCUCCUUACAUUUUUGGUUAGACUUUUAGCUAACAACGAAUCUGUUUACUCAACUAUAGUUUGUGAGCAAGAAGAAAUUGCCAAGAGUAAAGCACCAGGGGAAGCUUUGACAUGGGAAGACCUUAGCAAGAUGAAAUACACAUGGAGAGUUGCAUCCGAGAUGCUGAGGAUAAACUCUCCAGUGAUUUUAAGCUUUCGGCGAGCUACACAAGAUAUCGAGUAUGGAGGAUUUAUAAUUCCUAAAGGAUGGCAAGUGGUGUUGUCUUCGUCAAUGACACACAUGAACAAUGACAUUUUUGAAAACCCAACCAUGUUUGAUCCAACACGUUUUGAGAAGCAUACACCACAACCACCACCUUUUAGUUUUGUGCCUUUUGGAGGAGGGCCAAGAAUGUGUCCUGGUAUUGAGCUUGCAAAAAUGGAAACUUUAGUCAUGAUGCAUCGAUUGGUGACACAGUUUACUUGGGAGCUUAUUAAGAAAGAUGAAUCGUUCAAGAGAAAUCCAAUGCCAGAAUUCGAUCAAGGAUUAUUUUCCGAGGACAACAAAAGUCGCACCCUCACCACUGGUAAGAAAUAUCCAGAUCGACUCCCACCUGGUUCUUUGGGACUACCACUAAUAGGGCAAAGCCUCGACCUUUUGAAGGCAUUGAAAGCUGAUAAGGUCGAUAAAUGGUUUCAAGAAGGAAUAACAAAACACGGGCCUAUUUGGAAAGCCAGUCUUUUUGGAUACCCGACAGUUGUUUUACAUGGUCCAAUUGCAAAUAAGUUCGUCUACACUUUUGAUGGGAGCAUACUCACCAACACACAACCACCAUCAAUGAGUCGAAUCAUCGGUUCGAAAAAUUUAAGCGAGUUAAUCGGGAAUGAUCAUAAACGAGUAAGAGCUGCACUUACUUCGUUUUUGAAGCUUGAAGUGUUGAAGCAAUAUGUUGCAAAAGUAGAUGAAGAAAUCCAACACCACCUUCAAACACAUUGGCAUGGUAAACAUGAGAUUCAGGUGCAACCCCUGAUAAAGACCUUAACCUUCAAUGUAAUUUGCUCACUUCUCUUUGGGAUCGAAAGAGGGCCUAAAAGAGAUAAGAUCCUACCACAUUUCAAACACAUGAUCGAAGGUGUGCUAGCAAUUCCAAUCAAUUUGCCAUUCACUCAAUUCAAUCGUGGGAUUUUAGCAAGAAGGAAACUAGUACCAAUAAUUUUAGAUCUUAUUCGUGAGAAAAGGGAAGCACUUGAAGAACAAAAACAUCAAGCUAAUCACCAUAAAGAUCUCAUCACUAAGUUGCUUUGCAUGCGAAAUGAGGAUGGCUCAACAACGACAUCUGAUAAGGAGAUCACUGACAACAUCAUCCUCGUGAUGGCUGCAGGAUAUGAUACAACGUCAGCCCUCCUUACGUGUUUAGUUAGACUUUUGGCUAACAACGAAUCUAUUUACUCAACUUUAGUUCAUGAACAAGAAGAGAUUGCCAAGAAUAAAGCCCAUGGGGAAGCUUUGACAUGGGAAGAUCUUACAAAGAUGAAGUACACGUGGAGAGUUGCAUCCGAGAUGUUGAGGAUAAACCCUCCCGUGAAUUUGAACUUCCGACGAACUAUGCAAGAUAUUGAGUACGGAGGAUUUAUAAUUCCUAAAGGAUGGCAAGUGUUGAUAUCUCAAUCCAUGACACACAUGAACAAUGACAUUUUCGAAGACCCGACCAUGUUUGAUCCAAAGCGUUUUGAGAAGCAUGCACCACAACCACCACCUUUCAGUUUUGUGCCGUUUGGAGCAGGGCCAAGGAUGUGUCCUGGUAUUGAACUUGCAAAAAUGGAAAUUUUAGCUAUGACGCAUCGCUUGGUGACAAGGUUUACUUGGGAACUUGUCAAGAAAGCCGAAUCAUUUAAGAGAAACCCAAUGCCAGAAUUCGAUCAAGGAUUAAAUCAUUCUUUACCUGGUAAUGGCAGGAUGUUGCAAAUGAGCUCUCUUUUGGGUAUUCACGAUGAACUUUUGUUCUCCAUCGUCAUCUUUACCUUUGUCUACGCCACCACUACGGCUUCAACAAUCUCCACCGGAAUAACGUCGCUAGGGUUUCAACAAUCUUUGAUGAUAUCAUCAUUAUGUACCAUCACCAUCCCUAUGGAAAACCCUAGCCAGAGCCUGAACCAAAACCUUCAUCCAUAUGAGAAACGUGGCAGUGCUAGGGUUUUAGAAAAUCAAAAGGAUGCCAAUGCUAGAAAAUCUAAAAACGAUGAAGAUGGUGGUGGUGGCAGUCAUAAAUCCUCAUCGCUGAAAGAUGACGGGCAACGCCGAUGA